AUGGCUAAAAAAAUUAUUAUUGACACAGAUCCUGGCAUCGACGACGUUCUGGCCAUUCUGUUGGCUCUAUCAGCUAAACCAGAAGAGAUAGAGGUCUUGCUGAUUUCCUUAACCUUUGGUAACAUUGAAGUGAACAACUGCCUUCGCAAUGUGGUUUCUAUGUUUCAUAUCCUCGAGCGCGAGAUACAGUGGCGCCGUGAGAACGGUCAACCUGAAGGAUUUGGCACCCUUCGUGCAUUCCGUCCUAUAGUGGCAGUUGGUGCUGAGGAGCCACUUGAAGAUCAGAAGUUGCUGGCUGAUUACUUCCAUGGAACCGAUGGCCUCGGAGGUAUUCAUACUUCUCACCCGCAUCUUACCCCCAGUGAACCAUGGGAGCAUCUCUUCGACCCAACAGCCGAUACUGAUGGUAUCAAAUCAGUUGAGACUGGUACUGGCUCCAGUGAACAAUUCUACACCCCAUCCAAGCUUCCUGCACACAAGGAAAUCCUCCGAGCACUUCGUGAGAACGACCCUGACAGUGUAACCAUUGUGGCGGUUGGCCCCCUCACAAACCUGGCGCUGGCUGCAGCGGAAGACCCUGAGACCUUCCUCCGCGCUAAGGAAGUUGUCGUUAUGGGUGGCACAGUGAACCAACCAGGAAAUGUCACUCCUGUCGGUGAAUUUAAUGCUUAUGCUGAUGCAUUUGCUGCCGCGCGGGUUUUUGCCCUCACAUCACCUAACCCAAACUCAACACUUCCGCCCGCCAAAAGCCCAAAUCUUCCGCUGUAUCCAGCGAAGCUGAGCCGUCAGCUGACGCUGCGUCUCUUCCCCUUGGAUAUUACUUUGCGCCACAAUAUCACCGGUGGUCAGUUCCGUACCGCCAUCACUCCACUUCUUAAUGCCGGCUCCCCUCUUGCAGAGUGGGUAUCUGCGUUCAUGGCACACACCUUCCGCACUAUAGAAAGACUGCACCCUGGUAACGCCGGUGAUGCUGCUGAGCUGAGCUUACAUGAUCCUAUCUGUGUCUGGUUUGCCCUGACCUCUGAAGACCCGAUCUGGGCUCCUUCCUCUACCUCUCCGGAGGAUAUUCGUAUUGAGACCACCGGUCAGUGGACUCGUGGAAUGUGUGUUGUUGACCGCCGAAGUCGUCACCACAUUGAUGGUGAUGAAGAGAGUUCAAGCGACCAUGGUCUUUGGUUGAGUGCUCGAUCCGGUAAUCGGAUUCUUCGAAUGGACUAUUCCCCAGUUGAGAACACAUUUGGUCAGAUUAUCAUAGAUAGAAUAUUUGGUUAG